UACUCUUUUUCUUUGCUUUUCUUUUUCUCGUUCUUGGUAUACAAUAUAAACCGAGGAGCUGUGACCUGUGAGCUAUUGCAGACUGCAUGCCAGAAGUCGAAUUCAGUUUCUGUUUGAAAGAGAAUUUGCUUCAUUUAUUCAGUUUCUGCUGCUCUUCGAAAAAUCCCUAGCUCCUAUCUGACGUCCUGCAGAAAAAUAGCUCGCGGUGGUAACGUUUUAAACUAUUGUGUAUCUUUUAAUCCAAAAUACUGAGAUAUGAGCAACCAAGUCAACAACGUAUCAAUUGACUUACGAAAUUUAGAUGGGAUCAAUUUAUUGGGGGAGUCUGACAAGGACAAUGGAGGGCAAAGAAGCACCAAUGCAAGAGGGCCAGCAGUAGAGGAAAUUAUCAAAGCACGAGCUAAGGGAAUGCAUAAGUGGAAUACAUUUUUCAUUAUUCUGUGUGCAUUUGCGGUCUUCAUUGAUCCUUUGUUCUGCUAUAUCAAUGUCAUUGAGGAAGACCAUAUGUGCUUCAAUUACGACGUGAAAUUGCUGUUGUCAUAUGUUGGUUUGCGAAUGGUCGUUGAUGUCUUUUAUGUUGUUGACAUAAUCAUUUUCUUGUGCGGAAUUUUUAAGAAACGUAAGGGUAAGAAACUUUGGGCUUGCUGGAAGUCAAGAAAUGAUCAAAAGACAGUAGUUCCUCGGAAACAAGUAAUCAAAAGAUGGUACUCCGCCCUGUUACCCAUUCUACCUGGUAUAUUGGUUGCCCUUCCCGUUCCAGAGGUACUCGUACUCUCUGCAUUAAAGAUAUAUUGGGAUCCUUUUUAUGCCAUUUUUAUUUUCACCCCUAUCCAAUACAUGCUACGGAUCUUUCUUAUCUAUGGAUCACAAAGGUGGCGUCUUAUGAAAAAGACUGCGACAGGAAGAUGGCUUAAACCUUUGUUGGAUUUUUUGCCUUUCGUCCUUGCUUCUCAUCUAUUUGGAGCCUUGUGGUACCGUCUUGCUGUACAAAGACAAAUAGAUUGUUGGAAGCCACAUUGUGAAACUGUUCUAAGAUAUAGAUGUAAAGGAAUUGAUGAUUUUCAAUGUGUUGGAUACCCGGUCAACAGCUCGCUAUUGCAAGAAUUGUGCCCUACAAAAGAUGAAAAUUCAAAAGUCUUCGACUUUGGUAUAUAUUUUUAUGCUCUUCAUUCUAAUUUGACAAAUUCAUCAAGUCUUUCACGAAGAAUGUCACAGUCUUUUUGGUGGGCGCUUCGAAAUUUAAGUUCUUUUGGUUCAAACCUAUUUACCAGCAUGCAAAUCUUGGAGAUAAUCUUUUCAGUGGCGAUAUCUAUAAGUGGCAUGGCGCUAUUUUUAGUAUAUCUCAACGCAAGAGUGCAGAUGUAG